UUAAAAUCGAAAGUAGACAUAGAAUCUAGAUUUUAAUGUACUGCUGCAGAAGUUUUAAAAUAAGAUGUCGCGGUGCGUUCUUUUUGUCCGAAACAUAGGCUGGGCUUGUGCGAGAAGUGACUUGCAAGAGUAUUUCAAAAAUUUUGGAAAAGUUCUCAAAGUUACCAUUCCUAUGAAUUGGGAGACAGGUUUUAACAAGAAUGUUGCAUUUAUUUCUAUGAAUGCCAACUUGCAAUCUAUAGACAAACUGGUCAAAGAUUAUCAUGUAAUCGAUGGACAAGAAGUAACAGUAGAGAUAAGAAGUGAAGGUAGAAAACCUGAAGAAGCACAGUGAAAAUGUAUAUCAACAAAGUUUACUGUAUGAAUGAAGAUAAAAAUAAACAUUGUCAAAUAUAA